AUGAAAGAGGAUGUUUAUUUGCUUAUUUUGGCGGUUUUGAUUUUGAAAAUUCCGAUUGGUGAGUAUUCUGUUAGGAUUUUGGUUUUCAAUUUAAUUUCUAGCUUUAAAAAUAGUUAAGAAUUCAAUAGUCAAAAAACAGCGUCUCAUGAUUUUUUGAAUAUCAGUUGGAUUUUAAAUUUAAACUUUAGUUCUUUUAAAUUGACGUGAGGUGAACUCACACAUUUAAAAAUCCAAAACGAGACCCGACCCGUUCUAUCCACUUUUAUUAUUAUUUUUUCCCCGAAAAAAAUUCUCAUUGUCCAUCCAGAUUCACAUAGUUUACACCGCGGGAAUAUCUAUGGGAUAAAAGUGCAAAACGGAAAUCGAACGCGUCAAGUUGUGAUCAAACCGACAUCUUGGAUUCGUAAGCAUAAAAUAUCGGGGUUAGUGUUCCCACGACUAGUCACAAAAAAUCCCAACCAUAUUGCAGACGAAAAGCACUUGCGUUCGCCAAAAUCCGUUCAUUUGAACAGCGGAAACCAAAAAUAUGUGAAGAUGAAAAGGUUGGUUGCACUUUUUUUCUUUCACGAUCAAAUGAACGAAUAAAAAAUGUUUCGAUUGAGUUGAGCUCCGAUUAAUUGUUGUAAUCUAUACGGCUAAAAACACACAGAAACAUAUGUGUUUUAUGACACAUUUUAGUAUUAUUAUUAUUAGGAUUCAAGAUUUUUUACAGAAUAUUUCGAUUGUGAAAAUCAAACGGAUUGGUGGCGGAUAUCCAUAUGGUCCAAAAAAUGGCUCGUUGAGUGAAAAUCGCAUUUGUAAAAUGAGCAACAAUUUUGAAGAGACUAGCAUUCGAUUUCUAAUGAGAGAGAUUUAUAAAGUAGGUACAUAAUGACAAUUGGUGGCUUUUUUGAUGCGCAUUUGAUCGAUUACGAAUUAUUGUAAAAGAAGAUGAAAAAGUGUGUCAAAAAUUGUUGACAGUUGAUUAGAGAGAAUGAUUUGAAAAUUGGGAAAUUGAGGAUUUGAAAAUGUGAACGUUGUCAGCAGGUUUGAUGAAAACAAGAAGCUAAAAAUUUAGAAUUUUCUGAAAUUUAUAUUUUUUUGAAAUCCUAAAAAUUACUCUUAAUUUCAGCUUUGCCAAUUAUUAAAUUUUUUCAGGAUCUCCAAAAAAGCUGGGAGCUUGGUCGAAAGAAAAGUGCAAUAUGGUGUUCUUAUUGUAGAGCAUAUUGGAAACGUCAAAAAUCGCCAACCCGUGUUGAUAAAUGUUGUAGCACCUAA